GUGGCCAGUGCUUCUUCCGGCCGCUCGGAGCGGGUGAGGCUGCGGCGGCAGGAGGGUUGUUUUUCCUGGUUUAUUAAUGAGAGCAAGGAUACAGCAGGCGUCCCGAGCCGUGGAUGGUCAGUAAGGCCGCCAGCGCCCCACAGGAACCAUGGCCUAUCAGCUGUACCGGAACACCACGCUGGGCAACAGCCUGCAGGAGAGCCUGGACGAGCUCAUUCAGUCACAGCAGAUCACUCCUCAGCUGGCCCUUCAGGUGCUACUUCAGUUUGAUAAAGCUAUAAAUUCGGCACUGGCACAACGAGUCAGGAACAGAGUCAAUUUCAGGGGAUCUCUGAAUACAUACAGGUUCUGUGACAACGUAUGGACAUUUGUACUGAAUGAUGUUGAAUUCAGGGAGGUCACUGAGCUUGUGAAAGUGGAUAAAGUGAAAAUUGUAGCAUGUGAUGGAAAAAACACUGGUUCCAAUGCUGCAGAAUGAAUAGAACUGUGGUUUGCCUGCAAUAUUUUCUGUUAAUACGCAGCACUUUCUGGAGAGAAGCAUGGAAAGGGACUGUGUUUGUACUUGCAUUACUUGCAUCUUGUGGUGCAGAUGUGAGUUAAUCCAUACUAAGAAAGCGUCACAGGAAUACAGUGGAAUACCUGUAGCAUUUCUUCAGUUCACCAUAUGGGGCAUGAAGAACACAAUGUUACUUCUUUUUUAAAAAGUUACAACGAUACUGUUGUCUUUUUUGUUCAAAAUAAUUUCUCUAAUAAACUUUUAUUUAAAAA